UUUUUCUCUGAAAUUCGUAACUUUGGUUUGGUUAACAAAAUUUGUUUCCCAAUUAGUUUUCAGGGAAGUCCUUUGGGCCUUAUGCGGCUGGUCCGUGGUUUCUCUAAAAUGGCCAAAGAAAGCGACGAGCUUGCCAGGAAGCGGUUCUCUCGCCGCAUUUUUGGUAUUUUAUGGGUAAGUUCUAUUAGAGAUUUUAAUUUAUAUUUUGAAUUUCCCCUGCUUUUUCUUAACGAGUAAAUAUUAUUCUGCAUUCACCCUCCUUCUGUUUAGUAUAUGGGUUCACUGAUAGGUACUUGCACUUUCCUCUGCUCUUUCCGUUCACCUACCAUAUCGCGUAUAUCGUAAAGCCUACAUAAGCCUACAGUUCGACUACCUUGCGUUUUUUGAUGCACCGCAACUCCUGAUAUGAAUUUCUUGUUAUAUUUCGGUCACAUCCCCAAGACAAAUUGCAUCAAGCACACAAUUCUCUUUUGAUGAAUUUUGAUUCUGUUGCCAGCGUACUCAGUAGGCCACUCUGAUGAUGGAGUGUCGUAAAACCAAACCAAAAAAAGGGAAUCACAUGUCCAGUUAGGACAAGUGUAAAUUUCACAACCGCCAACGAGAACGUAAAGUAAAUAAUCGUGAGAGAACGCAAAUGUCUAAGUUGCCAUUGUUUCAGUUCUGCUUCUGAUUGGUUGAGAGAAUGACACACUUUAUCACAGAGCACAGUAUCAUUUAGAGGACAUUAGUUAUGAGGAUUUGAUACUCUACCUCUUCACAUCAACAAUCGUUUUGGGUGUCAUUGACUUCUAUUGCGUGUUUAUCCGUGCUAAAUCAUUUUCAGUCCUCUUUUUAAAUUCAAUCAUUUUUCUCUUUUAUGGACAGUUUGGAAACAAAGUUGGAGAGGGCCAAUUUAGAGGCAAAGCACUCCCCACUUACGUCUACCCUGACUGCCUGAAGGCAGCCAUCAGGGAAAGACUAAGUGGGGACUUGAGGGAUUAUCCCAAUCCCGAAACCUCUGCGGUAGGAGUUUUGCAUUAUCAUGCUCAUUAUUGUUAUUGUUACUUUUUGUUAUAAAUAUAGCCAAACCCCACUCUCCCCAAUCUUUCCUGCUAGCCGAGACUCCUUUUUUGUUGUAGUUCUUCAUCUCAAAUAUAUUGCAACUAGACUCUGCUAAAAGGAAAGCCACUCACGUUGAAUAGUCAGUUCUAAGUUUUUAUAAUCAUUAAGAACUUUAUAAGAACUUUUGGAGGCCCAUCCCUGAGUGCAAGCAUUACCUAAUAUAUAUGCUUUCUAAAUGUUUAUCUUAUUUCAUCCAUUUUGCAUUUCAGGUCUACAAGGUCACCAUGUCCGACCUGCGUGAGGCCAAAUGGCCAGGUGAUAAAUAA